AUGCCGGAGCAGGGUUCAGCUGAUAGCGCCUCGUAUGUUGGAGCUGAGACCAAGAGAAGAAAGAAUCUUCCACCGACCGUCGAAGAACGCCAGUACAACCAAAUAUGCAGCAGGAAGGGCGUUACAACAAGCGGAUGUUUCGCACGUCAACUAAACGAUAACGUCGCAGACGUCUCCUACAGUAUGCUUGGUCCAAAUGACAUCCGAUGCAUCUCUGUGGCAUUAAAAACAAAUGUGACGAUAAAAGACCUUGACCUUACCGGAAACGACCUGAGCGGAAAGGGAGCCCUGUAUCUUGCCAAGGCGCUCGAGGCGAACUCUACCGUCGACGAUGUGCUAAACGACUCCAUAGAAAACCUGGUGCUGGCAGGAAACGAAAUUGACACUUUCGGUGGGUCGUACAUCGGAAAAGCUCUUUGCAGUAACGUUGGUUUGAGGAGGUUGGACCUCAGCUGGAAUCACAUCCGACGAGAAGCUGCGGUCGCCAUCUGCUCCGCCCUCAAGUUCAACACAACCUUGGAGGAUCUAGACCUAUCUUGGAACGGGCUCUUUGUGGACGGGUGCCGCGCACUUGGCCAUGCCCUACCCCAUAACCAUACCAUGCAACACUUGAGCCUCGCCUCGAGUACAAAGUUAGCUACAGGAAGACCGUCCGAAAAAAUGAGAGAGCUAAAGCUUUCCAAAGUUGAACUCGAAAACAACUCGAUGUGGAACUUAAAGAAACUGGUCACGCGGAACUUAAAGAAACUGGUCACGCGUGCGCUUAACGAACGACGCGAGCAGAAUGAUCUGGAGCUGUGCAGAAAGAGACAGCAGCCGCAAGCCAGCAUGUAUUUAAAAGGACCGUUGAAAAUGCAGUCAGAAUGA